AAUAUAUACGUACAAGUAAUACGAAUACGUAGUAAAGACUGUAUACACAAAUCUACAAUGAAUGGACGUGUUCAGUUAACCUAAGUUCUAAAUAAUAUCGACUGUGAUCGACUCAAUUAAAAUUCGUUCCACAUUACUGAUAAAAGAUCGCGAUUAAGGAAAAGGAACAAUGUGUACGUUAAACGCGCUCGAAUAUGAUACCUAUGAAACAGAUGAAACAACGAUAGAUACAAUAACUGCUUCCACCAAUAUUGCUGCUCACACAGCUAAUACAAAUGAAUUAUGCAAAAAAUGUGGUUGUCAGGAUGUACGAAUCUCGUUAAGGGGUAAACAUAGAUAUUGUAAAAUUUGCUUCCUAUCCAUGUUGACGCAUAAGUUCAGAGCCACACUUGGUAAAUCAAAGUUGGUACGUCCAAGUGAUACCAUACUUAUAGAGCAUUCUGGAAAAGCAAAUUCAACUGUACUUAUACAUCUUAUCAAGGCAAAUGAAAGUGAACCAGCUAAUAAAAAACUCAAGUUCCAAUGUAAAAUACUCUAUGUAGAUGAUGGUAUGGUGAAAGGACGUACAGUUAAAGAAAGAGAACUUAUUAGAAAUGCAUUAGCCAAAGAAGCAGAUAAUCUACAGUUAACAACAUAUGUUGUGCCUUUGACAGAAGAUACAACUAAUAUUCUUUGCGAAGAGAUACAGUCCAUAAAUGCAGGGGGUGUAAAUACAGCUUCCAAUGAUGCAGUCAUGCAAAAAAUGUUCAAUAGUUUAGAUAGCGAUACUGCAAAAGAUGAAUUAUUGCGACAAUUAAGACGCAAAUUGCUUGUGUCCAUAGCCCACAAACUUAAUUGCAAUAAAGUUUUUGUUGCUGAUACAUCUGUUGAUCUUGCAAUAAAAGUGCUGACAGAUGUAUCAACAGGAAGAGGCUAUCAAUUGUCUUCUAAUGUUGGUUUCUCUGAUACAAGAUGUCCAGAUGUAACUCUACUUAGGCCACUCAGAGACUUUACAAAAGAAGAUAUAGCUGGUUAUUUAGAGUGCUGUGAACUAACUCCAAUUCUUAGUUCCAUAAAUUAUACUGAACCUUUCCCUGCUUCCAUAAGAAGCACUACAAAGAAUUUCGUUCAUGAGUUAGAUUCUGAAUUUUAUAGUACCGUAUCCACGAUAUAUCGUACAAGUGAAAAAUUGGGCACAAAGAUAGAGGAACAUAGUAAGGUGAAUGUUAAGAGUGAUAAUGACGCUAACGCUGACGUUAACGAGACUUGUGUACUUUGCGAAUUGAGUCUAGAUUUGAAUUCUAUACAAGAAGGGCAACUUUCAGUUGUACAAGCUAGGAUAUUUUCUGAAUUAGUUUCAACGUUUACGGAUUCUUCGUCAAGCACGACUUCGAAAGAAGUAAACGACUCGGAAGAGAAACAUUGUCGAUGUAAUAAUACCGCGUGUACACCUCCUCGCACACAACCUUUACAACCAGAUACAAUUAAAAAGUAUCUAUGUUAUGGCUGUAAACUAAUUUUUUUUAAUUCAAAUCAGAAAUUUACCGAAUUACCUAAAUUUUUAAAUGACAAAAUCCAAGAAAAAUUACGAAUAAUGCACCUACGAGAGCAAAUAACAAACUUUCUAUUAUAAAUAUGAAGUUACGAAUAAUAAAAGAAAGAUAAAGCCAUA